AUGGUCAUUAGACAUUAUCACUAUAAGCUCUUUCACGCUGGCCAACAACUACUGAUCUCGGCCGUGCGAGGAAAAUUCUGGCCGGUACACAUCCACAGUUUGGCGAGGAAAGUGAUUCACGACUGCAUUCCAUGCUUUCGUAGCAAGCCCAAGGUUCGGGAUCAAUUGAUGGCCGAUCUCCCAUCGGCAAGAGUCACCCCAGCUUCACCGUUCAUGAACGUAGGACUGGAUUACUGUGGUCCAUUCUUCGUGAGCAAUUCCAAUCGUAGAGCAAGUCCGGUGAAGUGCUACGUAGCGAUUUUCGUAUGCUUGGUCGUCAAGGCCAUUCACAUGGAGUUGGUGAUGGACCUCACCACGCAAACCUUUCUGGCUGGGCUGAAAAGGUUCACUUCUCGUCGAGGUAAGCCGCAGCUGGUAAUGUGCGACAACGCAACUACGUUCGUCAGCGCAAAACGUGAACUGACAGAGUUUAACCGACUGUUCCAUGACCAAAGCUUCCAAGACACACUCGUGAAGGAUACUAGUUCUGACGGAAUCGAGUUUCGGUUCAUACCACCUCGCACGCUCAACUUUAGAGGUGUGUGGGAGGCUCAAGUCAAAUCGUUCAAGGCACACUUCAAGAAGAUUCUUGGUACUAGAGUACUGAAAAUAGACGAGAACCUCUUCCUAUCAUGUACUUCGUCUUUGAAGUGUUGA